GGGAGCAGGGCAGCCACGUGUAUACAUAUGUCCCGCCGUCGUGGUCACAACUGCCGUUGGCAUUCGCCGGGUAGAAGCACAUCGCACAAGAUUUUGCGGGCGCCUCGCUGCUCGGCCUUGCACACGUGCUAUGCGCAAAUCGCUGUUCGGACCUACAAGCGCUCAAGCCUACAUGCUGCUAAACGUGAACCAUCAGCACGCACAACCACUCGGAUGGAACUUCAUGGUAAGAGGAAGGAGCAUGAGGCAUGAUCGAAGGAAGGAGGAGCAAGUGAGAGAAAGAGACACACGGGGCAUGACGGAUCACCUCAGAGGGAUGAACUUAAAACAAGCGCCGUGUGAACACGUGCUUGCUUGAAACAACUCUUCAAAUAGGCGCCACGGAGGACGGGCGCGCAUAGCUCCACGCAGUGGAAGCUGCCAAUACCAGCCUCCUUGCGGAUACUCCUGUGGACUCGGUACUUGAAAAUAGUUGACAACGGGCCUCAGACUUGGCACACAAAAAACUAUGCGAGCAGGCCAGUCUCUAGUUGAAAACGACGGCUGCCCUCCCGCAAAGAGUCUCAGAGCCAUGCAGUGCCCGAAGAAGGACCAGCAAUGGGACGCCUUCUCUGCACUCGGGUCCCGGGCCUCGCCCUGGGACACGCCGUGCCCGGGAAAAGUAGGAUGGGGAACCUCCACGUGUGUCAGAGGACGCCGAAGGAGGGCAAGGAGGACGACCGAGGAAGAGCGCAAAGGAAAGACGCGGACACUCGGCAGUCCCGACGGCGCGGGCCGCCCCGAGACCUCUCGGCCGGCGGCGUGCAGAACCGGGCAAUGGACUGCAACGGAAGGGGGGCGGCAACCGGCCACGGGGCGCGCCACGAGAACCUCGAGAGGACAUCCAAGGAGGAGGAGGAGGAGGAGGAGGAGGAGGAGGAGGAGGAGGAGGCCCGACGACGACACAUCGCCCUGGCACCGCGGGCGAGGCCGGGCCAGUCAGAUCGGCAACCGAGCGGUGAUCCGAAGAGGGCGCCCCUGCGCGGCGGCUCUCGCGGGCCGAUGGCGCGGCCCGCCGCGUGGAAAAAAAGGUGCCUCGCACCGGUAACCGGCUUCGCGCCAUCGGGCGGUCUCUCGCCUGGUCCGCCGACCGCCCGUCGCGGGAAGACAAUGGAAAUCCGAGCACGUCGGCGAUGACGCACCUGACCAGCAUCCCCGCAAUGCCUGACACGGCGACGCCAACGCACCACGCAGCAAUGCAGAGCAGCGAGCGCGCCAAUGACGCGCGCGAAGACACCCCAGGGAUCGCCACCUAUUGUUGCGAUGGAGGUCGCCCUACUGGAGCGACGCGAGCGAAGGGCGCCCGUCUGCACAUGAAACGAAGACGGCCCCUCGCGGGCGGGCCGUGAAUCGCCUGCCACCCACUUCAGCCGUGGGUUCCCUGACAGGGGGGGUCGCGGGGAUGGCGUUCCCAAGGUGAGCGCGCGCCAUGUUUCCAAGCCAAGCGAGCAGGUGAAUGCGCGCAACCCCGCGG